AGUUGUGUCCGCACUCGCGCCUGUUGGUGAAAAAGCGCACAACUUUGCUCUGUCCGGGAUAUUUAUUAGAAGGGAGACGGAUAUCUAGCUGGCGCUGCGCGGGGACAUCACACGGGGCAGGGGAACGAGUGGGAACUCAGUGUUUCGGUGUGGUUGGAAGGCUCUGUCUGAGUAAUGACGGCUCUCAGGAUCUGGAGUGCGUUCGGUCGGUUUGCGCGGCUUCCUUUUCUCGCACCGUGCACCGUGCUGCUCUGCUUUCUGGUCCCAGAAUGUCUGUCCCACCCGCAGCCCUGUCAGAUUCUCAAACGGAUUGGACACACGGUGCGCGUCGGGGCUCUGCACCUACAGCCAAGGCUCUUCAAUCACGAUCCCACCUUCAGGGGCAAGAAAGAACCCCUUGUCCCCGUGGAUGAAUGGGACACGGACGGAGGCUCGAGGGAGGCAGCGGAGAGACAGUUGGAAAAGAUUACCAAAAGUGUUAAUGACCACGGUUUACGCAGCCUAAGGACUAAAGGCACAGGGAACAAUCAACAAAAGGACAGGGGGAAUAAAAGUAAAAAUAUGUACAAACAGGUGGAAAGCGGGAGUCGUGUGUUUAUGCCAAGGGACUCUAUCAUAUUAGCCAUGGAGACGUUAAACCGCAUGGUCGGUUUGUUACCAUAUAAUCUCUCACUGGAGGUGGUGAUGGCCGUGGAAGCGGGGCUCGGAGAAUUACCCGCUUUCUCCUUCUCAUCUUCCCCUACCACUGUCUGUGAAGACCCCAUGUCGUUUCUGCAGAGUGUUUGUCAUACUGUUAUAGUCCAAGGAGUUUCUGCUAUGAUGGCUUUUCCUCAGACCAGGGACGACCUGGUGAAGUUGGAAUUCAUCGCGUCUGCGCUUCAGAUUCCGGUCAUCAGUGUUGUCCAGAACGAAUUCAAACGGGAGAGUAAGAACCCUCUCCAUUUCCAGAUGCCGAUGCAGAACCCGGCCCUGCCCCAGGUGGAGCUGCUCUACUCCCUGCUGGUGAUCAACAGCUGGUAUGACGUCAGCCUCCUGCUCUGUCAGGAAUGGAACGUCUCCAACUUCCUGGUUCGUCUCCGUAACAACACCAAGUUCCACCUGGGUUCUGUGGUCAACAUCACCACCUCCAGCACCUCGCCCAACUCUCACCCCAACAGCUCCGUCUCCAAGGCCGACUUCCAGACCUCUCUACGGGGAUACCUGGAGUCCAUCAAGGAGUCCACGUCCACGGUGGUCACGUUCGGCUGCGACAUCCGGGACAUCAAGAGGAUCUUUAAUGUGGUGACCAAGCUGGGCCUGAUGCUGCCAGAGUACCACUGGGUGUUGGGGGACACGCAGGACGUAGAGGAGCUGAGGACCGAGGGGCUGCCGGCGGGACUGCUGGCCCAUGGCAGGAUGGGGGCUCCCUCCCUGGAUCAUUACGUCCAGGAUGGGCUGGAGCUGGUGGCCCGGGUGGUAGGGUCAGCUGCGUACCGCUCCCCUGAGCUAGCUCUCAUCCCCUCCAUCACCAACUGCAUGGAUACACAGAGCAGCCAGAGCAGAAACAUGACCUCAGGGAAAUAUCUGUCCAGGUUUCUGUCCAACACGUCGUUUGAUGGUCUGAGCGGUUUCAUCUCGUCCCAGGAGGAGACAGUGAUCUCCUCAGAAAGCCAUCACUUCAUCUGGUCCCUGCAACACGACCCCAUAGACCCCAUGUGGACCAGGCUGGGCCGAUGGAAGCAUGACAGGGUGCUCAUGGACUACACUGCCUGGACCAACAAACAGACGUCCCACCAGAGAGGGGACUGGCGUCACCCGUCGAGGCUCCACCUCCGGGUGGUGACGUUAGUGGAACACCCGUUCGUCUUCACCCGGGAGGUGGAUGAGGACGGUCUCUGUCCCGCUGGUCAGCUCUGCCUGAACCCCCUCACUAACAACACAGCCCUGCUCCAGUCUCUCUUCCUCCAGAUGCGGGGGCCUAACGAUAGCAUCCCCGUGGAGUAUAAGAAGUGUUGCUACGGCUACUGCAUCGAUCUACUGGAGAAACUAGCGGAGGACAUGGGAUUUGACUUCGACCUGUAUAUUGUAGGCGACGGCAAGUACGGUGGGUUUAAGAACGGACGUUGGACAGGGCUGGUGGGAGAUCUUCUCAGCGGAGCGGCCCACCUGGCGGUCACAUCCUUCAGUAUAAACUCGGCCCGGAGCAGGGUUAUAGACUUCACCUCCCCGUUCUUCUCCACCUCUCUGGGCAUCCUCGUACGGACCCGGGACACGGCCGCGCCCAUCGGGGCCUUCAUGUGGCCCCUGCACUGGUCUAUGUGGCUGGGUAUAUUCGUCUCUCUACAUGUUACUGCCGUAUUCCUGACCAUCUACGAGUGGAACAGUCCGUUUGGGAUGACGCCGCGAGGCAGGAACAGAGAUAAGGUGUUCUCCUUCUCCUCGGCUCUGAACGUCUGCUAUGCCAUCCUGUUUGGCCGUACAGCUGCCAUUAAACCUCCUAAGUGCUGGACGGGGCGGUUCCUCAUGAAUCUCUGGGCUAUCUUCUGCCUGUUCUGUCUGUCCACCUACACAGCCAAUCUGGCCGCUGUUAUGGUGGGGGAGAAGACCUUCGAGCAACUCUCAGGAAUACACGAUCCAAAGCUCCAUCACCCGUCACAGGGGUUCCGCUUCGCCACGGUCCGGGAGAGCAGUGCCGAGGAUUACCUGAAGAAAAGCUUUCCAGAGAUGCACGACUACAUGAGACGGUACAACGUUCCAGCAACCCCAGGUGGAAUAGAACAUCUGAAGCAUGAUCCACAGCAACUUGAUGCUUUCAUCAUGGACAAGGCCUUACUAGACUACGAGGUGUCUAUAGAUGCAGAAUGCAAGACACUCACUGUGGGGAAACCAUUUGCGAUUGAAGGUUAUGGCAUCGGCCUGCGCCAGAACUCUCCCCUGUCCUCUAACAUCUCAGAGCUGGUGAGCCAGUACAAGUCAGACGGCUUCAUGGAUAUGCUGCAUGACAAGUGGUACAAGGUGGUGCCCUGUGGAAAACGGAGCUUCGCCGUCACUGAGACCUUACAAAUGGGCAUAAAGCAUUUCUCAGGCCUGUUUUUGAUGCUGUGUGUCGGGCUGGUUCUGUCUCUCCUCACCACCCUGGCUGAACACAUCAUCUACCGCUUUGUCAUACCCAGAGUCAAGGACCCCAAGUUCAAGUAUUGGCUGCAUACUAGUCAGAGAUUACACAGAGCUAUGAACGCAUCUUUCAACGACGAUAAACUGCAGACUGUCGCCAAGAUGGAAAAAAGGUGCAACGUGGGUAACAACCAUCACCACCACCAACAGGAGCAGCCAUGUGUACCAUGGAGCAGCUCAGAGUCCAACUGCAACUGCAACAGAAGGAAGCAGCGUCCUCAGGAGUCCCAUCUGGAGUACCCCCCCUGUGACUGCCCUCUUCUUCCUCCUCAGGUGAAGAGCCCCCUACAGGUCACCUCUAACGGGAGGACAGACCUGGUCCAGGUGGGUCUAAAAACCAAGACCAACCCCAUGCUGCAGGAGUUGUCAGAGCUGGAGACACACAUUACCAUCAUCAAACAGCAGCUGCACAUCGCCAUGAAGAAAAAGAGGGAGCUGGAGCAGUACCAGAAGACACACAACAUGACAGAGUAAUUACGCUAUAGAAAAAAGGUACCAAGUCAAUAUCGCGAGUGAAGACAUUACAAGCUGGUGAGUGAGGCUAUGAAGCUAACUCUGUCACAACUGGUACCAGCAGACACAAGCUAUCUGGAUAGAGGCUGGAGAUACCAGCAGACACACAACACCCCUGAAUAGAGGCUGGAGAUACCAGCAGACACACAACACCCCUGAAUAGAGGCUGGAGCUACUACCAGACACACAACACCCCUGAAUAGAGGCUGGAGCUACUACCAGACACACAACACCCCUGGAUAGAGGAUGGAGCUACCAGCAGACACACAACCCCCCUGGAUAGAGGCUGGAGAUACCAGCAGACACACAACACCCCUGGAUAGAGGCUGGAGCUACCAGCAGACACAAGAUAUCUGAAUAGAGGCUGGAGCUACCAGCAGACACAAGAUAUCUGAAUAGAGGCUGGAGCUACCAGCAGACACAAGAUAUCUGAAUAGAGGCUGGAGCUACCAGCAGACACAAGAUAUCUGAAUAGAGGCUGGAGCUACUAGCAGACACACAACACCCCUUAAUAGAGGCUGGAGCUACCAGCAGACACACAACACCCCUUAAUAGAGGCUGGAGCUACCAGCAGACACACAACACCCCUGGAUAGAGGAUGGAGCCAUACCGGAGUUGAGGACUAGACAUAAGAUACACAGGAACACUGAGGCUGGAGGAGUACCACGACAAAACUAAACCCUGAUAUCCCUGAGUCCGAGAGCAGCACAUGGGACCAGCAGGAGGACAACAGCCCGAGACCCAGAUACCAGCAGGACUAACCCCAGGCCCAGAGCCCCAAAGCAAACCACCACGGCUGCUCCCUGAGCCCUGUGGCCCUGGAACACUGUCUGCUCUCCACCUCCAAUCUCCAAGAUCUCUCUGAUGAGUUAACCAGAGGAACACUGUCUCCACCUCUAUCCUCCAAGAUCUCUCUGACAGAGGAGUUAACCAGAAGGAACACUAUCUGCACCCAAAGCCUUGGAACCUGAUCCCUUGUCCUGGAUGGAACCUGAUCCCUUGUCCUGGAUGGAACCUGAUCCCUUGUCCUGGAUGGAACCUGAUCCCUUGUCCUGGAUGGAACCUGAUCCAUUGUCCUGGAUGGAACCUGAUCCCUUGUCCUGGAUGGAACCUGAUCCCUUGUCCUGGAUGGAACCUGAUCCCUUGUCCUGGAUGGAACCUGAUCCCUUGUCCUGGAUGGAACCUGAUCCCUUGUCCUGGAUGGAACCUGAUCCCUUGUCCUGGAUGGAACCUGAUCCCUUGUCCUGGAUGGAACCUGAUCCCUUGUCCUGGAUGGAACCUGAUCCCUGUCCUGGAUGAAUUAUUUCAAUAUUCACUGAACUAAAAUAUAAACACAACAUACAACAAUUUCAACGAUUUUACUGAGUUACAGUUCAUAUAAA